CUAUUUUUCUUCCGGUGUGUUCGUAGUUUCGUAUCCGUGCUGCAUGCUGCUAUCAGCAAAUGAUACUAACCCAGCUAACUUAAGUUUCAUUUGACUCCUGCUGACUCUGCCCGUCUCAUUGCAAACCUCUCAUUUAUCAUUUAUCAGCCCCUUUGAAGUGCGGAGGUCGGUCUGGUCAUGUGACCCCCCCCUCUCUGUUUAGAAGCUCGUGCUGCCGGUCCACGAGCUAUGGAGGGUCCGUCCUCUCGUGCACCUGCGGCCAAAGACGGUGCUCUGCUGCCGGCGAGGAGAGACUCGUGCGGGGACGGAGAGUCUGACUCUGCCCGGGACAUUAAAACACACUUUCGGGUCUGUCGCUUCAUUAUGGAUACAGGAGUGAAGCUGGGCAUGCGCUCAGUGCCCGUGGCCACAGCGUGUGUGUUGUACCACCGUUUCUUUGAACACGUCAAUAUGCAUGCGUAUGAACCCUACUUGGUGGCCAUGAGCUGCGUGUACUUGGCUGGAAAAGUGGAGGAGCAGCACAUGAGGACCCGUGACAUCAUCAACGUAAGCCACAGGUACUUCAACAGUGGCAGCGCUCCCCUAGAAUGUGACAAGGAGUUCUGGGACCUGAGGGACAGCGUGGUGCAGUGCGAGCUCCUCAUCCUCCGACAGCUCAACUUCCACGUCUCCUUUGAACACCCUCACAAGUAUUUACUCCACUACCUGUUCUCCGUGAAGUCGCUCGUGAACCGUCACGCUUGGUCUCGAACCCCCGUCGCUGAGACUUCCUGGGCAUUGCUUAGAGACUGUUACCAUGGAGCCAUGUGCAUCCGCCACAUACCCCAACACAUUGCUAUAGCAACGCUGUACCUGGCUCUAAACAGCUAUGGAGUGGAGCUGCCUGUCGGGGAGAAAGAGUGGUGGCAGGUGCUGUGUGAGGACGUGACCCAAGCAGACAUCGACGCCGUGAUCUCAGACCUUCUUCAACUUUACGACAUGGAGGCCAAGUGUAUCUGAAGGACAACAACCACACGUGGGACACACACGAGAGUUGUUUUAUCUGUGUGUGUGUGUGUGUGUGUGUGUGUGUGUGUGUGUGUGUGUGUGUGUGUGUGUGUGUGUGUGUGUGUGUGUGUUGUUGUUUUCUGGGUUCAGGUGUGUUUGUGUACAUGUGUCUGCAUGUGUUUUUGCGUGAGAGAGAAAAACACUUUGUGUUGCCCCAGUUAGUCUCUGAGCUGUGAAAAAAAAAAAAAAAAAACACUCCUGCAUUACCUCUUCCUGCCACCCUGGGGAGACAUUUCCUGCUUUAUGCUCUCUGAUCUCUCAGUCCUGCAGAAUACUGAUGUGCUCUGUGAUAUAACACCAGCACCAGGUCUCUGAAAAAACAGCCCAGCCCACAGCACCAGAAUUCUCUUUACACAGAACAUGUUUUAACUGUCACCUAGUGUGUCUGCUCAUUAUUCAAUCAAUAACUCCAACAAAUCCAUAAAAGGACAUGGGAAUAGUGACUGCAAUUAAAAUAUUGAAUGGUAUCCACCUGACACAUUUCUGUGUUGGGAUGAUAUUAUUAAUGUAUGUGAGGUGAAAGCAUUAAUUGGCUUGGUGACCUCUUCAUUAUAAGUGUUAAUAUAUCACAGUGACUGUAGUGGCAAGUUUUUCCCAGAGGUCUUUUCAUGAUGAGUUCAAAGACAGUUUGUCAUUUCUGACCCAGCAGAUGAACAACACGUGUCCAAGUGAUCUGCUGUAUGUUUCAUUUAGGAAUGAAUGUUUCUGCUGUUCAGGUGACAUUGUUUUAAUAUGGAUGAGACUAAACACCACAGAACCAGCCGGAUCCUAUUCUGACGUACAUCUGCUGAUAUUCUAUAUUUUCUUCUUGUCACUAAAUCCCAUGGUGGGAAAAAACAGCAUCAAGUUGACAGUUCUUAUAGGUUUAGUUCUUCCUCUGUGCCAUAAAGCUGCAUUGUUGUCCAAAAAGUAUUAAAAACACGCCAGUGAGCCACA